CAUCCCUAUUAACGCUCUCCCCUCCACUUGCUUUACUAGGAAAGAUAAGGAAGCUCUGACACAUUCGAACAUAUUCAGAUUUUUAGGAUGGCACCUCCAGCGGCCAGGCAAAGAUACAAUGCCAAUAAACAGGAAAACUCAGUGUCAAGGAAACCCCAAAAGAAGCUGCCAAAUGCAGCAGUAGUCAAAAAAGAAAAUAAAAAGACGAGCACAUUGAAGAAGUCAUCCGUUAGUGAAAACAUAUCCGCAUCGGAUAAAUCUAAUGUGGUUCCGUCUGUGGCAUUUAAGACUUUUGUCAGUGCUCGUUUAUGCAGUGCCAUCUGGGCUUACAUCUCAGACUGUGAUGAGACAUACAACUAUUGGGAACCCUUAAAUUACAUUAUAAAUGGCUAUGGUUUGCAGACAUGGGAAUACAGCCCACAGUUUGCUUUGCGUUCGUAUACGUACUUAUUGCUGCAGGGAGUACCGGGAUGGAUUUAUCAGAAGAUUUUUCAUCCUAGCCCGGUGCUUAUAUUUUACAUGAUACGUUGCAUGUUGGGUUUUGGUUGUGCAGUUAUGGAGCGGUUUAUGUACAAAUCCAUUUGUCAGGAAUUUGGUAUUCAUAUUGGUCGCCUUUGGCUUAUCUUCCAACUGUUUAGUGUUGGUAUGUUUAUAUCUAGUACAGCACUAUUGCCUUCGUCAUUUGCCAUGUACUUUGGCUGCUCGGCAUUGGCGGCGUGGUGGACUAAAAAAUAUCCUCUUGCAAUAUUUUUUGUGGCAAUCGCUGCCCUUUUGGGCUGGCCAUUCUCAGCAAUUAUAGGCCUUCCCAUUGCUUUGGAUAUGUUAGUGCGCAAACGUAUGUUCCGCACUUUCUUCUUAUGGGCUGGCAUCUCGUUCGUAACCAUUGCUAUUCCCAUGAUUGUGAUUGACUCGUCAUACUUUGGAAAAAUAACAUUCGCACCUCUGAAUAUUGUUCUGUAUAAUGUGUUCACCAGCCAUGGGCCAAAUAUAUUUGGGACCGAGCCUCUAAGUUACUAUUUGAUUAAUGGAUUUUUAAAUUUCAACAUAGUCUGGAUUCUUGCGUUAAUUACUCCAAUAAUGUUGAUAAUCGAUUACUUUGUAGUGCCAGCCAAAUCAAGUUCUACUCUCAAUUUCCCCCGUUACAUAACUUUGGCACCAUUUUAUCUAUGGCUGGUGGUAUUUUUUGCCCAGCCACAUAAGGAGGAGCGAUUCCUUUUCCCCGUAUAUCCACUAAUAUCGCUAUGUGGUGCCAUUACCGUCGAUGUGUUCCAGCGCAUAUUUUUCCGCCUCAAAACGCUGUUGGUUAAAAUAAAAAACUCCAGCACUGCAACCCAUUAUUUGGACCACACAAUGUUCAUAGCCAUAAUUAUUAUGAUUAUAAGCACAGUUACCGGGCUUUCACGAGUCUUUGCCUUAUAUCGGAACUAUCAUGCUCCGAUGGAUCUAAUGAUGGAACUUAGUCAAUUUAAAACAUCCACUGAGUAUAGAGAAAAUCAGAUCUAUAAUGUAUGUAUCGGUAAAGAUUGGUAUCGUUAUCCCGGAAGUUUCUUCUUUCCGGCAACAAAUUUUAGGCUUCGUUUUUUGAAAUCGGAAUUUAAGGGAAUGUUGCCGGCCUAUUAUGCAGAGGGCGAAAAUGCCACACAAAUAAUCCAUCCAUAUUUUAAUGAUAUGAACCAAGAGGAUGAACGCAUGUAUUUUCCAUACGAUGAUUGCCAUUUCCUAAUUGAUUUUGAUGAGGGAAAAUAUACCGAACUGGAGCCUAGCUAUUCCAAACGAACCAAAGAUUGGACGAUAAUGAAGAGUUUGCCAUUUUUAAUACAAGAUAAAUCGCAUCGAAUUUAUCGGGCAUUUUAUAUACCAUUCCUAACCGACAAUUAUACCUCCUAUGGCAGUUUUAAUCUAUUAAAAAGGAAGAAAAUGAAAUUGAGUUAGAUUUAAGAUCUAAUUUAUUUAAAUACAAAUCUGGCCAAAUAAAAGUAAAAAGUUUAAUUUAUAA